GCUCUUACGUCACGUGGAGCCCCGCCCUUAGGUGGAGCGGCGGGAGCGCGCAAGGCUCUGUCACGCAGGCGCGUUCGCGCGGCGUAGGUGGUGCUAGAGGCGACCGGGGGAUUGUAGGGCGACGGCGCUGCCGCCAUUUUGUGGGGUGUUUGUCGCAGCGGCCGAGGAGGGAAGACGGCAGUUUGGCGACAUUUCUCGGCCGAAGGGCCAUUUGCUUUUGCGGAGAUGCGGCAUUCCAAAAGAACUCACUGUCCUGAUUGGGAUAGCAGAGAAAGCUGGGGACAUGAAAGCUACCGUGGAAGUCACAAGCGGAAGAGGAGAUCUCAUAGUAGCACACAAGAGAACAGGCAUUGUAAACCACAUCACCAGUUUAAAGAAUCUGAUUGUCAUUAUUUAGAAGCAAGGUCCUUGAAUGAGCGAGAUUAUCGGGACCGGAGAUACGUUGACGAGUACAGGAAUGACUACUGUGAAGGAUAUGUUCCUAGACAUUAUCACAGAGACAUUGAAAACGGUUAUCGAAUCCACUGCAGUAAAUCUUCAGUCCGCAGCAGGAGAAGCAGUCCUAAAAGGAAGCGCAAUAGACACUGUUCAAGUCAUCAGUCACGUUCGAAGAGCCACCGAAGGAAAAGAUCCAGGAGUAUAGAGGAUGAUGAGGAGGGUCACCUGAUCUGUCAAAGUGGAGACGUUCUAAGAGCAAGAUAUGAAAUCGUGGACACUUUGGGUGAAGGAGCCUUUGGCAAAGUUGUAGAGUGCAUUGAUCAUGGCAUGGAUGGCAUGCAUGUAGCAGUGAAAAUCGUAAAAAAUGUAGGCCGUUACCGUGAAGCAGCUCGUUCAGAAAUCCAAGUAUUAGAGCACUUAAAUAGUACUGAUCCCAAUAGUGUCUUCCGAUGUGUCCAGAUGCUAGAAUGGUUUGAUCAUCAUGGUCAUGUCUGUAUUGUGUUUGAACUGCUGGGACUUAGUACUUAUGAUUUCAUUAAAGAAAACAGCUUUCUGCCAUUUCAAAUUGACCACAUCAGGCAGAUGGCGUAUCAGAUCUGCCAGUCAAUAAAUUUUUUACAUCAUAAUAAAUUAACCCAUACAGAUCUGAAGCCUGAAAAUAUUUUAUUUGUGAAGUCUGACUAUGUAGUCAAAUAUAAUUCUAAAAUGAAACGUGAUGAACGCACACUGAAAAACACAGAUAUCAAAGUUGUUGACUUUGGAAGUGCAACGUAUGAUGAUGAACAUCACAGUACUUUGGUGUCUACCCGGCACUACAGAGCUCCCGAGGUCAUUUUGGCUUUAGGUUGGUCUCAGCCUUGUGAUGUUUGGAGCAUAGGUUGCAUUCUUAUUGAAUAUUACCUUGGUUUCACAGUCUUUCAGACUCAUGAUAGUAAAGAGCACCUGGCAAUGAUGGAACGAAUAUUAGGACCUAUACCACAACACAUGAUUCAGAAAACAAGAAAACGCAAGUAUUUUCACCAUAACCAGCUAGAUUGGGAUGAACACAGUUCUGCUGGUAGAUAUGUUAGGAGACGCUGCAAACCAUUAAAGGAAUUUAUGCUUUGUCAUGAUGAAGAACAUGAGAAACUGUUUGACCUGGUUCGAAGAAUGUUAGAAUAUGAUCCAACUCAAAGAAUUACCUUGGAUGAAGCAUUGCAGCAUCCUUUCUUUGACUUAUUAAAAAAGAAAUGAAAUGGGAAUCAGUGGUCUUACUAUAUACUUCUCUAGAAGAGAUUACUUAAGACUGUGUCAGUCAACUAAACAUUCUAAUAUUUUUGUAAACAUUAAAUUAUUUUGUACAGUUAAGUGUAAAUACUGUAUGUUUUGUAUCAAUAGCAUAAUUAACUUGUUAAGCAAGUAUGGUCUUGAUAAUGCAGUAGAAAAAUUAAAAUUAAUUUUUCUUUUUGAAAUUACCAUUUUUAAAUACCUUUGAAAUAUCCUUUGUGUCCAGUGACAAAUGUGAUUGAUCUUGCCUUUUGUACAUGGAGGUCACCUCUGAAGUGAUUUUUUUUGAGUAAAAGGAAAUCUUGACUACUUUA